AAGUCAUCCACAAGUAGAGAUGACGACGGUUACAGUGAAGCCGACAGUGACAGCAUCGUAUACCCUUCAGUUGCCCGCAGAAACAGAGCAUCCACCUUCGCUGACGCCCACCGUCACUCAUACGUUUCCACUCGGUAAUAGCUCUUCAUCCAGUGCAUCGGAUCUGGACCCUGCGGACGUGCGGGAAUACUAUGCUGGACUACGCACUGCGAUCGCUGCUACACGGCUAAAACUCGGGGAAGAGCUUACCGUAUGGAGGGACGCGGUGGGCAAUAAGGAGGCUGGGAAGGAGAGGAAGUUCAAGCCGGCGAAAGAAGAGGAAGAGGACGGGGAGGAUGAAGACGAGGGGGAAGUGUGAGUGGUAUCUUCUACAUGGAUUACAUCACGAGGGCAGCCGGGAUCAGAUGAUCAUCGAUACAUGUCGACGCGUACGCGGGUCGAGCCACACGGUGCCGUGUCGCUCUGCUACGCAGCUCACCUAGCAAAUCUUUGAUGGUCUUCUGACUUCAAU